UCUUUCCUACCAGCAGGCGGGAGAUUUCCUUGUCAGGUGAGAUGAGGCCGGGGUUCCUCAGCGAGUCGUUCAGGUGGUCGUCCUCCACAUUCUUCAACACCAGUGACAAAAGACACAGGAUGCAAAAUGUCAUUUACCGCUCCAACAGAGUUUCGAUGAAAGAAGAAAUGUCAAACAUGCCUGGGAUGGACGUGUGGAAACAUUUGACCUCUUUCAGGAUGAACCAGUUGGAAACAUGUACGUUCCCUGAGGAAGUGAAGGAGAAGCGCUCCCGAACAAGACCCCUGACAGCGGACACACAAUACUGAAGAGCUCCAGCCGGUGUCUGGUCCCUCCCCCCUGCUGCUGCCAUGGCCGCGGAAGAUGCCGGUCGGGAUGCUGAGACCCCCGGACCUGCUGAAAGCACCGAGAUGGACGAACGGCUGAAGGAGGGGAACAUGAAGGCUGAUCUGGAGGCUUCUCUGCCUUCUGGGCCGGAGGAUUUUGCGAUCCAGUGUCGAGAUGUGGGUCGGUCGUACGGCAAGAUGAAGGUCCUCAACAACCUGAACCUGAGCGUGCCACAGGGACAAAUUUAUGGUCUUUUGGGCCCCAGUGGGUGUGGGAAAACCACAUUACUGAAAUGCAUCGUGGGAACUUUGAAGAUCUCACGGGGUCACAUCAGCGUUUUGGGGAAGCCUCCUGCGUUCCCUGGUCAUCACGUGCCAGGCAGGAUGGUCGGGUACAUGCCGCAGGAGCUGGCGUUGUACAGCGAGUUCACCAUCAGUGACACUCUCAGUUUCUUCGGCCGAAUCCACGGCCUGACGUCGAAGGAAACCAAGGCUCGCACGGAUUUCCUCAUUGACUUCCUGGAUCUACCUCAGAAGCACAGCCUGGUCCGAAACCUCAGUGGCGGUCAGAAGCGCAGAGUGUCUCUGGGUGCGGCGCUUCUUCAGAACCCCGAGCUGCUCAUUCUGGACGAACCCACCGUGGGAGUGGACCCUGUGCUCAGGGCGAAGAUCUGGCAGCAUCUGGUGGAGAUUGUGAAGACGGGGAAUGUCUCUGUCAUCAUCACCACACACUACAUCGAGGAGGCCAGGCAAGCCAAUGUGGUGGGUCUCAUGAGGAACGGCCGUCUGCUGGCUGAAGGAACUCCAGAAACUGUCAUGAAGAUGCACAACGCCGCAACGCUGGAGCACGCCUUCCUGCGUCUGUGUGAGACGUCGGAUCAGAUGGGCUCUAAGCAGGGGGACAGUCCAGAGGGGGGGCCGCUGGAGAACAGCCAAUCAUUCGAGAGCAGACCAGAAGAGAGUCUGCCGAUUCUCGCCGUCGGAGCGGGAACCCCAGAGGAACUUCCGAAAUAUUCAGCGGACUGGAAGGUGCGAGCCAGACACGUUAUGCCCAAGUGGAGAAACAUCGCCGCACUGAUGAUCAAAACAAUGGUGCGGAUGAAGAGAAUGCCGGGCUCGUUGUGUUUCCAGUUCCUGCUGCCCGUCAUCCAGGUGUCUCUGAUCUGUGUUUGCAUCGGAGCUGACCCAAAAGGGAUCCAGGUUGCCGUGGUGAACAACGAGACCUCCCCCUCCUCUUACAGCCAAUCACUGCUCUCCUUUCUGGACAACUCCAGCGUGGUCCAGGUGAACUUGAACCAUACAGAAGCUUUUGAAGGGAUUUAUAACGGAGAGUACUGGGGCGUCAUCGGCUUCGGGGAGAACUUCACCAGCUACCUGACGAAAAGGAUGAUGUCGCGGCAGGUUUCUAGAGAAGUGCUCGAUGGAGGAUCAAUACACGUCUGGCUGGACCUGACGAAUCAACAAAUUGCACUGAUGCUGCAGAAAAAAGUAUACGAAGCCUUUCAGUCUUUUGUGGAUUAUAAAUUGGGCAGUAUGUCGUACAUGGUCGCGCUACCAAUAAAGAUGGAAGAGCCGAUUUAUGGCAGCCAACACACAGACUUCUCCACUUUUGUGACGCCCGGAGCUGUUCUCAGUAUCACCUUCUUCCUGGCUGUGGGUCUGACGGCGCUCUCCUUCGUCAUCGAGAGGAAGGAGGGGCUCAUGGACCGCUGCUGGGUCGCAGGUGUGAGCUCUCUGGAGACGAUGCUGGCUCACCUCUUCUCUCAGCUGUUCGUCAUCAGCGUUCAGAUCCUCCUGCUGCUGCUCUUCAUCCUGCUCGUCUUCAAGAUGCCUAACGAAGGCUCCCUGUUUCUGGUGAUAGUUCUGAUCGUUCUACAGGGCGUCACCGGCAUCUCCUUCGGCCUCGUCAUCUCCGCCGCCAUCGACGACGAGCAGAACGCCAACCAGGCCGCCCUCGGCAUCUUCUACCCCAACCUCAUCCUCAGCGGUAUCAUCUGGCCGGUGGAGUGUAUCCCGUAUCCGCUCCGCUACCUCAGCCUCGCUCUGCCUCAAACCUACGCCUCCGAAGCCCUUCGCUGUAUCAUGUACCGAGGAUGGGGUCUCACUCGGAUGAUGGUGUGGCGAGGCUUUGCGGUCACGCUGGGCUGGAACACCUUCUUCCUCAUCCUCGCCACCGUCAUCUUAAGGCUGAGGUCGUGAAGGCCUCCUCCCUGAAAACAUCGUCCACCGAGGGGACAGAGACAACAGGAGGAGCAACCCACCUGUGUGGGGGUGAAGUGGAGGCAGCAGAGGGGUCACAGUGGUGAAAGGGACUCCAUCGGUCCCCCUCCUCCAUAUGUUCUGUCUCACACACAGAAAGCACACACAUCAGAACUGCUGAUCCUGCAACAGUUGCGUUAGCCUGGGGGAGGGAGAUGGCAAGCUGCACGUAAAAGUGCACAAGUUAAAUAUCUACCUGCACAAUAUAAUUAAUAUUCAAUGUAAAUAAGAUCAUUAAUCCUAUAGUUUAUUUCCCUUCUACGUGCAGCUAGUUGGAACUUCUCCCCCCCCCCCCACCAACAAUGGGCCAUGAACCAACUCAGGGUGACUUUUUCAAUUUUAUUUUGCCUUCGCUCUUGAUGCUAACAGAGAGACUUGCUGGUGAAUACACCCUAAGAUUAUGGUUUGCCAUACAGUAUUGGUUGCCUGCCUUAUAUUUGCAUUAUAGAAGAAUUGUGUAUGUAAAUGUGAGAAGGGGUCGCAGCACAAACAAAACAAGUUAAAUAUUCUUUGUUUGCUUUACCAGAAGGACAUUUGAGGAGAGGAUUGUUGUAGCGUCAUGUUUCAAAGUGCUGAUCGCUUCAUAUUGUGCAGGAAAGUCUCCCCGCUCAUCCACAGCAGCCGUAUCUUGUCUUGUUUAAUUUUAAGUCAGAUUUCCGUGUGUCCUGUCUGAUGUGGAAGAAGCAAAUCCUGUUCAUGCGUCACCAGGUGCUCAGCUGAAGUUUAGUUUGGUGGUUUUCUCUAUAACUUGUGUUCUGUGCCUGAAAGAAGGGGUGGUUUGAUGUUGCUGUUAUAUAUUUGUUGUAUCUCCACUUUGCUGGACAGAGUGGACUCAAAGGUCAGGUUAACGCCUUCUGCUUAUCUGCAAAAUGCGUUGUGUUUUUUUACACCCAAGUCUCAAACUGAUCAUGCUUUUUGACAGUUUUGACCACCAACAAACAGUUAAAAGAGUAAAAGCACACAGACUGUUUUGGAUUUUGAAGAGGCUGGGAUGUUGCACUGUGGGAAAAAGGAAUCUAAAAAUGAGGAAUAAAUAUAAAAUCUAGACCACCAUGUAGUUGAAUUACUUUAGGACCAGUGAGUUUGUUUAUAAAAGCUCAAAUGUCCUUCCUUUAUUUACACACAACAAGGAUAUUUUAAACCUGUGGUUCAGUUGAGAUUGUGUAGUUUUUUUCCAGUUAUAAUUGAGUUUUUUUUAUUGAAAUAUAUAUACAUAUAAUUAAUGUAUUGGAAAGGCUAAUUACUUGCAAAAAAACACCCAAAAUAUAAGUGUACUUGGUUGAUAAUAAAUGUAAUCUAUUUAA